AUGUCUGUCCCUUUUGGCACCCUCUGGACCCAGUGGUUCCCGCCCAGUGGUCCGCUCAGCGAGAGCAACCUGCCGAGCCAGAAGGGGAAAGUGUUCAUCGUGACUGGGGGCUCAUCUGGUCUGGGCUAUGUUCUGUCACGCAUCCUCUACGGAGCUGGAGCCAAAGUUUACAUACUUACGCGGUCAAAAGAGCGCGCCGAUGAAGCCAUUGCCAAGAUCAAAUCGUGCUACGAUGGAAGAGACGAUUGCUCACAAUUGGGGAGUCUGGAAUUCAUCCAGAUGGACCUCAUGGAUCUCGAAUCGGUAAAGGGCGCCGCGCUCGAGUUUCUUGACCGGGAGGGUCCGGAUGGUAGGCUCGACGUCCUCUUCAACAACGCGGGCACCGGAGCACGAAAGAACGCCCCGAAAAGUGCCCAAGGCCACGAGUACCAUAUGACAACGAAUACACUCGGUAGCUUCGUCCUGACCCAACACCUGCUCCCGAUCCUCUCCCGCACGGCAAGCUCCUCUCCUGCAGGUACCGUGCGGGUAAUAUGGGCAGCCUCGAUCCUCGUGGAAAUGAACGCACCCCCGUCUGGCGUCAGCAAGGAAUGGAUGCAAGACCAGACUGCCAUGACCGACUACAUAGAGCUCUACAGCCAGACCAAGGCCGGCGUCUGGUUCCUCGCAUCGGAGUUUGCGCGCCGCCAGAGUCAGAGCGGCGUGCUGUUUAUUGCGGGCAACCCGGGAACAUACAACACCGGCAUGUGGCAAUACACUCCGGCCUUAGUGUACUGGUUGUUCAGGUUUCUCAUGAGAGAUGAGUCUCAGCAUGGUGCUGAUACGUACUUGUGGAUGGGCUUCUCCGAUUCCGUGACCAUUGAUGACGCAGUUGCGGGUCGCUACGCUAUUUGUGACGGGAGAUGGCACCCUGGCCAGAGGAGCGACCUGCUUCUUGCCUUGCGCAGUGAAGCUGAAGGUGGAUCGGGGAGGGCGGGGGAGUUUUUCGAGUGGUGUGAAAACGCGACGAAAGCCUUUUUGCCGUGA